GGUUUUCUUUUUUUUUUUUGUAUAAAUUUUUUGCGAACGCACACGCAAUAGUUUAAUGAAACGCAAUUGAAAUUCGGGUGUGCUGGUGCAAAUGGAUCAGUUCUCGCACGACUUGACCCUCGCCCUGGAGGAGACGUCGCUGAUGGACAGGGCGUGCGGCGUUGGUAGGUGGGGCUCGCGUCGAAGAACUCGAUCAACGGGUAAUUUGCCUUGUGCGCCGCAACCAACCGAAGAUUCGUCGAGCAGCCCCACAGACACCAUGAAUAAUGCGCACGGACAUGGACACGGCCACCACCCGAAUACCAAUGCAAACAUCGAUGGACUAGAUACACACACACACAACGAUAUGAUGCUGCCUGCGAGCGAUUCGGAUGACAAGGCCGAGGCAAUGCUGCCGCUGCGUCUGCCCGGCAAGAUGCUCAAUGCGGCCGCAGCUGUUCGCAUGGGCAUGGGCGCCCUCGAGUCGGACUCGUUGAACGAGACCAAUUUCAGUCCAGCUCGGUUCUACAAGCCGAACUCGCGUAGGAAACGAAAGAUCAAACGCAUGUCAAUGGAGUUUGAAUUCAGCAAGGAUUGCAAUCUGGCUGUGUCUCCACACAGCUUUACGGAGUCGCCACUGCAUCCGGGCAUGCUGGGCGGCUGUGCCGGUAGCAUGACCGGCACGGGCACUGUACGAAAACGUGUACUGAAGAUGGACAGUGGCAAUCGUUCGAAUUUGUUUUUUUGCGGUAAACGUAAACGCUCUAAUCGUGAUCGCUAUCACGAACAUGAUCAGGAGGCUGGCGUUCCGUUUGGCGGCGGGGGCUGCAGCGGCGAGGGCGGUAGUGGUUCUAGCAAAUUGCAUUCCUCGAGCAUGCCGCGCUAUACGCACAUCGAGGAGUACCAUCGCAUGCGGCCCCGCAGCUAUUCAUCGACAUCGAAGCCACACAGCGAUCGUCUGCUGCCGCUCAACAAGGGGCUGCUGUCGAAGAUAAAUCGUAUUGCGCAAACCCAAACGGAAACGCAACGAGCACAAAAGACUGACAACACAUCGAACAUGGAAGAGGAGGGUCUGGAGCACGAGCAGGCGGAAACACAGCCACAAACGGCAGCAGCCAAUCCUCAUUUGGAGCUGGUUGAGAGUGCAGCCAGCACCGCUGGCCUUGGUGUCUUUAGCAUGGAAACGCUUGUGCCUGUCAGCGAUAUUGAGACGCUGUUAAAUACUUCGGAUAAGCUGCCGCUGCAGCUAUCUUUGGACUGCGCUGUUGCGGACUAUCAUGCCCAUCGCCAGAAAUCGCAUUAUGGUCAUAUGCAUGGCAGCGGCUCCACGAAGGCGCAUCGCAGACGCCGCUUUUGCCAAACACCGCAACCGCUGCAGGUGCAGUCGAUGGACUGCACCGAGCUGUAUGACUUUUUUAGCUCCAGUUCGCUGAGCUCCUCCUCGGACAGCGAGGAUGGCCAUCGGCUUCACGAUACGGAUCGCGAGGGCGACGACGAGCUAACCGAUUGGCCCGGCAAUGAGAUUGGUCCCGGCGGCAAAUAUGAUCCCAAGCGCAAGCUGACCAAGAAAUCGCUGCUGCCCCAAAUACGCUCCGAUGAUACCAUUGGCGAGGAUGAUACGCUUAUGUCCGGCACGGAGGCGACAGCGACAAUGACUUUUGCUGACAGCUACGGUGGCGUCGGCGGCGGCACCUCACAGUCCCCUCCCCAAACGGAUGCUUUGCAAGAUUUGACACGCUUUCAACCGGCCGCCAGCUCGGAGCCGAUUGAGAUCUGUGGCGGCGGCGCCAAUCGUGGCAAUCGCAGCGUUGGCUUCAUUGGCGUCAACAUCUGCCUUGACACGGAGACGAGCAUGAACGGCAUGCCGGCGCUAAAGCAGAUCGAAAGCGAGAUGUCCGGCGAGACAUCAAAUCCAUUCCUGUCGUCAUCGCCGCCCAUGCAGAUACAGGAGGUGCGCGAAAUACGCGCCGGCUGCCGGCGCAUCAAUGGCGAUCGUCCAGGUUUCAGCAUUAAGCUAAGCGUUAACGAGCGCCUGGCACGCUUUCUACAGGAUUCCCGCCAGACCCAAAUCCGUUUGCCCGACAUUGAGAUCUACGAGCAGGAUAGCCUGCUCAAUUUGGCCACGCUCUACUCCCUCAACAUGCUUGUGGAGAACGGCUGCACGGUGCUAACCAAGACAAGAAAUACAACGCAAUCGUCAAACAUUGAUCCGCAGCACGGCCUGCAGCAGCGCCCUGAUUUGUUGAGCGAUUUCAAGCGGCGCUGCUACGGCGGAAACGGUGACAACACCAACACUCCGGUCGCCAGCGAUGCCUUCAAUCCUGCUACAGCUGCCACACCAGCCGGCGUUGCCGCCGAGCUGCUGCCGAAGAAGUGAAGUUAUAAAAUCAAAACUGAAUUUAAUACAAUUACCAGACCAAGGCGAAAAUCACGUCGCUCGGCAAGCGACAACUGGAAACCACAAGGUGCUCCAAACUGAAGGCUGCUCACAUUUUGUGCUGGGCACCUGUGCAGCUCGUUUUAGCCAAUUUAUUAAGCUUUUAAUGCGUUUCGUAUAGUGUCGAGUUUUGUCUGUACAUCGGUCUAUGUAUAUAACUAUUAUAAAUACUAGAUA